GCGAAAAUGUUGGAAAACUCGCAUGCAUGGAUGGGAGCUUCAGGUUCCUCAAUAGCAGCAGACAGUUAUCAAUAUCAACUACAGUCUAUGUGGCAAAAAUGUUGGAACACCAAUCAGAGUUUAAUGCAUCAUUUGCGAUUUCGUGAAAGAGGUCCCUUAAAGUCAUGGCGACCUGAAACGAUGGCAGAAGCAAUUUUUAGUGUACUAAAAGAAGGUUUGUCACUUUCACAGGCGGCACGAAAGUAUGAUAUACCUUAUCCCACAUUUGUUCUCUAUGCCAAUCGAGUGCACAAUAUGUUGGGACCUUCGAUUGAUGGAGGCCCCGAUUUAAGACCGAAAGGCAGAGGACGGCCACAACGCAUACUGCUGGGCAUCUGGCCAGAUGAACAUAUCAAGGGUGUCAUAAAAACCGUUGUCUUCCGUGAUGCCAAAGAUCUAAAGGAUGAAGGUCUGGCGCACAUGCCCUAUGGACGGCAUUCGCCUGUUUUUCCAUUUCAGGAGGGACCAUUGAGUUAUCCUGGUGUAGGUGGUCAAUGUCCAAAUGGAAUGCCGGGGGCCACUGGUGAUCAAAUGUCGCAAGAGGCAACAGCCGCAGCAGUGGCGGCGGUAGCUCAUAAUAUACGUCAACAAAUGCAAAUGGCGGCGGCGGCUCAACAGCAACAGCAGAUGGGCGAAAGCCAUGGUGGUCCAAAUCUAUUUAAUCUUCCGCCUCAUAUGACUAGCGGUGGACCCAUGUCGGGACCACCUGGUUCGGGAGGAGUACCUCUUCCCAAAGCCAGUAUUUCUCCGGCUCUAAGCUCCUCAUCGAAUACCGCUAGUAUGAGCGCAAUGAUGGGGCCAAGACAUGUUCCUUCACCUUGUGGACCCACUUUACCGGGCAUGCCACAACUGCCGCCUGGUAUGGCGGUAGCUUUGCAUAUGGCCGGCAGUGGUCCUGGUGGUCGAUGUGAUCCCUCUUCCGUUUUAAGUCAACAGCAACAACAUCAACUCCAACAUUUGCACUUACAACAGCAGCACGCUCUUCACCAGCAGCAACAAAAACAUCAACAGCAACAUCAAAUGGCAUUUGGUCCACACGGCACUUCCUUGAGUCAUACAUCUGUUGGCGGCACUCCCUCACACACGGUCGUUCAUCCCUCACUACAAAAAUCAACGACGGCAACCUCAACAAAACCACACUCUUCCACUUCAUCGCCGUCCAGACGUAACAGUCCCCACAGUCUGACGCCCUUACAUUCUCCCCUCACGGAACUUGGUCUAGAAAUGAGUUUUAAACCAACCCGACCAUUUUCACCCUCCCGUCUAUUUUCCGAUGAUAUAUCCGAUAUUGUUGGUGUUGCGGCCUCACCCUUACGAUCUCCCUCAACGUCAACACAUCCGUCAUCCUCUCUAGCAGCAGUUACGACAGCAACAAUAACUACCACUAGCAGUAUUAAUACAGCCACCGUCAGAGCAUCUUCCUCAGAGCCAUCAGGAUCCGCGGCUACAUCACAAACAACAACGGCGACAUCAGCCGGAGCUAUUGAUAGUACAGCAUCCGCAUCAAGUAACAUAAGUUCCACGGGGAUUAAACUCGAACCUAUUACGACAAGUAGCGAUUAAGGAGAUAGAAAUAGAUGAUACAAUACAUACAUAUACAUAUGCAUAUUUAUGUAUUUAUAAAUACUUUUACUUAUGUAUGUAUAUUUUUUAACAACAGAUCGAGCAACAAAAACAACAACAACUAUAAAUAAUCAUCCAGUUCCAGUAUUUAAGUAUUUUAUACAUCACAAUUGUCCAAUUCACUAUCGGUUUUGCAUCGUAGUCAUAAAAAUUAAAAACAAAAAUGUGGAAACAAAACAAUUAUAAAAAUAUUAUCGCCAACGACGAUACAACGAUACGACACCGAUUGUGAAUAGAACUAAUAAGUUUUAUUUGUAUGUAUGUCAGUUAAGAUGUUUCGAAGAUUUCUCUCUUUUCUUUCAAAAUCUAAAUUUCAUAUAAAUAUUCAUAUUUAUAGUUACAAAAAGCCGAAAGACCAAAUUUCUGACGAAAAGUCGAAAUUUUAGUUUGA